AUGGCCCCCACUUACUACGAGUCUGACCACGUCGCCCCCUUCCUGCCCCAGCAGUCGAUCUUCGACUACCUGCUACCCUCGCAUCCCGGCGUCUCCCCCCUGCCCGACUGGGACCCUUCGCUGCCUGCGUUCAUCGACGCCAGCGAUGGCCGUACGCUCUCGCGUGCCGACCUUCGUGAGAACGCCCUUCGUCUCAAGACGGGACUGAACGCGCUCGGCGUGAAGCGCGGCAAUGUCGCUUGUCUCUGGGGCAUGAACUCGUUGGAAUACGUCCAGGCUGUGUACGGUUGUCUUGCUGCGGGCGUUGUUGUGAGCCCUGCCAACGUUGCCUACUCGCCCGAGGAGCUUGCCCAUCAGAUCAACAACUCUGGAGCCUCGGUCGUCUUCAUUCAGCCCGCCCUCCUUCCUCUCCUCGACAAGGCUCGCGCGCACAUCAAGCACAAGAUCGACCCUGCCCAUGUCAUCCUCCUUCGUGCCACCCAGGACAAGGAGCUGGCCGCGGCAGGCAUCAAGACAAUCUACGAGGUGUACGGCACCCCCGCCGCCGAGGCCGAGCACUUUGACGGCUCGGAUUCGCUCGAGACCGCAUGGCUCUGCUACUCGUCCGGCACGACGGGUUUGCCAAAGGGUGUCAUGACCACCCACUGGAACCUCACGUCGCAGUUGCAAGUGUCCAACGUGGCCUACGAGACUCUCCAGUCUGGACCUGGCGGCGACGUCGUGAUGGGUUCGGUCCCCAUGAGCCACAUCUACGGUGUGACCCUCUCGCUUCUGCAGCCCUUCAGCAUGGGUGUCCCCGUCGUUAUCCUGCCCAAGUUUGAGGAGAUUGCCGCUCUCGAGGCCAUCCAAAAGUACAAGAUUACCCACCUGCUUCUUGUCCCUCCCCUCUUCCUCCUCUUUGUGCACUCCAAGAACCUGGACAAGUACGACUUGUCGUCAGUUCGCACCGCCAUGUCGGGCGCGGCUCCCCUCUCGCGCGAGCUGUCCGAGGCCUUCCUCGCUCGCAUCCCCACCGCGGUCGCGCUCCAGGGUUAUGGCAUGACCGAGACCACGCCCAACAUCUGCACAAUGAACCGCUCCGAGGCUGCCGGUCGCGACGGUUGGGUGGGCCGCCUCGUGCCGUCGUACCAGGCUCGUCUUGUUUCGCCCGACACCGGUCUCGACGUCGCUCCUGGAGAGCCCGGAGAGCUCUGGGUCCGUGGCCCCAGUGUCAUGAAGGGUUACCACAACAACCCCGAGGCGACCGCCGCCACCAUGGCCCCCGGCGGCUGGCUCAAGACUGGUGACGUUCUCGUCCGCGACGAGCAUGGCUGGUACAAGGUCGUCGACCGCCUCAAGGAGCUCAUCAAGUACAAGGGCUUCCAGGUGCCCCCCGCCGAGCUCGAGGCGCUGCUCAUCCAGCACCCGCACGUCGCCGACGCGGGUGUAGUGGGUGUCUGGAACGACGCGCAGGUCACCGAGAUGCCGCGUGCGUACAUUGUCCCACAUGAGAGCCUCAAGAUCGCCACUGAGGGCGAGGCGGCCUCGUUUGCUGCCCAUGUCCAGCGCUUUGUCCACGACAAGGUCGCGCAGCACAAAAAGCUCCGUGGCGGUCUCGUCAUCCUCGAUGCCAUCCCCAAGUCGCCCUCGGGCAAGAUUCUUCGCAAGGACCUGCGCACGCGUGCUGGCAAGGAGACGGAGCCCGUCUGGGGCGCCACUCGCGACCGCGAGUCAAAGCUGUAA